AAGAAAGAAUUAUAUCAAGGGACCCAUGUUCUUGUUCCUGUACUAACUCUUAGGAAGUUUGAUUUUUGAGCCUCCUUAUUUACAGUUCUUGUCAAGAACAGCUAAUUUUCCAACAUCAAUCCUCAAGCAUUUAAACGUUUUAAAUACGCCUUCUGCAUGCAGGUGGGGAUUACAAGUGAAGCUCAGACAGGAAAUCAUGGAAAUCUUUGAAGUAGUGAAGAAUAAAUUGGGGUUUGAUUCCAAGAGAUACUCAACAUUAUUACUUGUGUGUGCCAUUGCUUUGCCUGUGUCUUUCAUGAUAUUGAUUAUGUAUCAGAACCCAUCAUUUGAUCUAACUGGAGGAUUAGCCAAGGCUGAGAAAUCUGGAAAUGUCCCAAUAAUCAAUGUUGAUUUUAAAAAUGAUUCUUCACCACCAGCCUUCAUCCCUGACGGAAGACUGCGUAAUAGGCAUUUGCCUCCUGGAUUUGGCAAUGGAACUAGUUCAAAAAACAAUUCCUUGCCGCAUGCCAACGAGACUGAUGAGAAGCAGCUUAACAGAACUUUGGCUCCAGGAUUUCGGAAAGAAUCAGGCUCGAGAAAUGAUUCCUUCGGCAAUGGAACUAGUUCAAAAAAUAAUUCCUUGCCGCAUACCAGCGGGCCUGAUGAGAAGCAGCUUAACAGAACUUUGGCUCCAGGAUUUCGGAAAGAAUCAAGCUCAAGAAAAGAUUCCUUUGGAAAUGACGCAAGUUCAAAAAAUAAUUCCUUGCCGAAUGCCGGCAGGCCUGACGAGAAGCAGGAUAAUGGAACUUCGGCACCUGAAUUUCUGAAAGAAUCAGAUUCAAGAAACGAAUCCUCUCAGAGUACCAGAAUGCCUGAUGAUAAAUUGCUUGAUGGACUUCUGGCUCCUGGAUUUGAUGAAAGGUCUUGCUUAAGUAGGUACCGGUCUUCCCUAUUUCGCAAAACUUCACCCCAUAAGCCCUCUUCCUAUCUACUUUCAAAACUACGUAGGUACGAAGAUCUCCAUAAACGUUGUGGACCUCACACCAAACCCUAUAACAAAGCCUUUAAGCGACUCAAAUCCAGCCAUGGCAGUAGUGGAGGAUGUAACUACCUCGUAUGGAUACCUGUUAAUGGUCUGGGAAACAGGAUGAUAAGCUUGGCUUCCACAUUUCUUUAUGCCCUCCUCACAGAUCGAGUCCUACUCGUUGAACUUGGAAAUGACAUGUCUGAUCUAUUUUGCGAGCCAUUUCCAAAUUCAUCAUGGAUGCUGCCCAAGAACUUCAUCCUUGAGGUUGAGUUUCGCAGUCCUGACAAGAGACAUGCUCUUGGCUACGGAAACCAGUUAAAGAAUGGCAUUAUAAACGAGUCGAUGGAAUCGCUGCCGUCUUAUACAUUCCUGAAUCUAGAUCAUUCUCAUUAUGAUCUGGAUAGACUGAGUUUUUAUUGCGAUCAAAAUCCAACUCUUCUCCGAAAGAUACCUUGGUUGUUUCUGUUAUCAGAUCAAUAUUUUGCCCCCUCUUUCUUCUUGACGCCAACUUUCAAUAAAGAAGUACAGAGAAUGUUCCCUGAGAAAGAAACUGUUUUCCAUCACUUGGGCCGCUAUCUUUUCCAUCCUUCAAAUGAGGCAUGGGGGCUAAUCAUCAGGUUCUAUCAGGCAUACCUUGCCAAAGCAGAUGAGAGGAUUGGCCUCCAAAUUAGAGUAUUCAACACCAAAACAACUACAGCUCAAACUGUUCUUGAUGAAUUGUUAAAAUGCACACAGAAGGAAAAAUUGUUGCCACAAGUUGAUCCACAAAGUCCUGGAGAUACUCCAUCCAAAAACCCAAGAUCGAAAGCUAUUCUAGUAACAUCUCUAUAUACCGAGUUCUACGAAAACAUCAGUAACACAUACUGGGCUAAACCAACUGUGACAGGUGAAGUCAUAGGGGUUUACCAGCCAAGCCACGAAGAAAUUCAACACUUUGGGGAUAAUAUGCACAACAUGAAGGCAUGGGCUGAAAUGUAUCUGCUAAGUUUGAGUGACGUGCUGGUGACAAGUGCGUGGUCUACUUUUGGAUAUGUGGCCCAAGGUCUAGGGGGUCUGAAACCAUGGGUCCUGUACAAGAUAGAGCAAGGAAACAUCCGAAAUCCUUCUUGUGUAAGAGACUUAUCCAUGGAGCCUUGUUUUCAUUUCCCUCCAACUUACGACUGCAGAACAAAGACCAAGAUGAACGCCGGUUCUUUGUUUCCUUAUUUGAAAUAUUGCGAGGAUCUGGAUUGGGGAGUCAAGCUAGUUGGUGAUCAUCAGGAGUUGCAGCUAUAGUCUAUACAGCGGCCUGAGUAAAUGAUUUGAUCAUCACACUGGUCUCCAACUGUGUUAUACUGUACCUUUUCACAUUCAAUGUCUGUAAUGAAUUAUAUGUAGUUCCAUGACUUACACUUACUAGAAUUUUUGUUAUUCU